AAAACCACCACACGACUUACAGCCAUGUAUAACUGGUUGCCUAUCCAACCGGCACAACCUAACCACAAUGGCAAUGCGCACUUGUCAAAAAAUAAAAACUACGGUUAACGUUUUGGGGAAGUUUUCGUUACGGGACUUCAGUGGCGUUAAAAAUUUAAAAAUGAGCAAGUGGCAAGAAGAAAAAGACAAAUUUCUAGGAAUGUCGUUAGAAAACAAACGUGAAUUGUAUAAAUCGUACACACAAUUAAAAGACAUCCCUACUUGGCAAGAAUACGCCAAAAAAGAAUCUCUGGCGAAGAAAAUAGCAGCAAAACUCGACUUUACAAUGGACGAUUCGUUGAAUGAAACCCUUCGAGAGAAAAUCUCACUAUUUCAAGGUGAUAUCACGAAAUUAGAGGUGGACGCUAUUGUCAAUGCUGCUAACUCUAGUCUCAUGGGGGGCGGCGGCGUCGAUGGGGCUAUUCACAGAGCGGCAGGACCGCUACUUUUGGAAGAGUGUAAAAGUCUUCGGGGGUGUGAAACCGGAGACGCUAAAAUUAGUGGUGGCUAUAAGCUUCCUGCAAAAUAUGUGAUUCACACAGUUGGACCCAGGGGUGAAAAGCCAGGUCUGCUCCAGAACUGCUAUAAAAAUAGUUUGAAGAUAAUGUUAGACAAGAAAUUGAAAAGCAUUGCGUUUCCUUGUAUUUCCACUGGGAUUUAUGGGUACCCCAUAGAACCGGCGGCUCAUGUGGCCAUUUCAGAAGUACGAAAACACUUGGAGAGUCACGCUGAUGAAGUGGAGCGAGUAAUUUUUUGCGUGUUUUUACCAGAGGAUGAGCGCGUGUACGAAGGGGCUCUUCAGUCGUAUUUCCCUGUGAAAUAAUUUUCGUUUAAAUAAAUCGUUCGAGUUCGA